CAUUCUACUUUGCAAGGUUGUUAUCAGCUGCAGAGCUGCUUGGAGCUCCUUGGAAGAAGGAUUGGAUGUAAAUCGGUAACCAGAAGUUGUUCCUACUGGCAUCUGCCUCUUUGUUCUUCAUGAGCUCCUGAAAUUUCCAUGUAGCUUAAUUUCUGGCAUCACACAAACAUUCCUAUAUGGUUUUGCAUCUGUUCUCCAGCUAUACGGAUGCCUUCUCCCCAGCUGUGGCUAAGAUAGUAAAUGGAAUGCAGGUUAAAAAAUAAGUCACUACAUGUUCUUCAGGGGAGGGUUACUUAAUUUACUUAAUUUUAAAGUAUUAAGACUUAAAUAAGCACAUGUUUGUAAAUGAUACUGACCUUUUCACUUGAACAAAUUUCAGCUUUUGCGUAUUGGCAGCAUGAGAUCUCAGUGAGGUUCAUGGAAUGCCAUUCUGAGUUUUUAAGAAUGAAACAGAAAACAGAAAUGAAGGUACAUAGGCACACGCAGUUUUGUCUCAUUUGUUUGCUGACAUUUGUCUUUCAUCAAUGCCACCAUUGCCAUGGAGAUAGUCACAAGCACGGAUCUGAAGAGAGUCACAGCCACAACCACAAUGACUGUCAGAUUUCAGAGAUACCAUAUCUCCAGAAUGGAAGGACAGAACCUGCACCGAGUAAGGAAGCGGAAGAUGAGCAGAAAUACUACAUUGAAAAACUCUUUGACCGCUAUGGCGAAAAUGGAAAACUGACAUUUUUUGGUCUGGAGAAAUUGCUGAUGAGCCUUGGGCUUGGAGAAGUCAGAGUCAUGGAACUGAACCAUGAGGAUGUCGGCCACGAUCAUGUAUCUCACUUAGAUGUGAUAGAGGUACAAGAAGGAAAGCAUUCUCAUCCCCACAGCCAUCCUCAUUCCCAUAGUCACUCAGGUUCAGAAAACCAGACUGUGAAUGAAGGGUCUGCCCAAAAAUCCCGGAAGUGUGACAUUAAAAAGGAAAUGGCAGGGCCAUCUUUAAAGCCCAAUGGAAAAAGCGUUCACGACCAUAACAGCCGCAGGCACCACCAGCACCGGCGGCAUCACCAGCACCACCAGCGCCAUCACCCCGACCAUAAUAAUACCCAUCACGCUCAUAAUGACUCCAUCAGUGCCAGCAAUCACGGGGAGCCGAGCCACGAACCUUCCACGGAAACCAACAGUACUCAGGAACAGCCAGAGAAGAAGCCCCGCAAACACAGGAAGCAGUGGAAAGACCGGAAGAAGAGCAGCGAUGCUUCAGCUGAUGCAGCACCGGACUUUGCUCCCAGCCAUGACUCCGGCGAGCAUCACGAGCACAAUCGUGUUCACAAGCACGACCAUGUGCACGGGACGUCUCUCUCGCACACCCAGUUUCUUGAACACAGUAAUGAUCAUUCGGCCACUCAUGGGCACCAGGAUCCAAAUCCUGCCAGCGGCGACGGGCAUCCGCAUGCCGGCAGUCGGGAAACAUCUCGCAAGCAGAUGGGCGUGAGGAAGCCUGACUUCCUUUCGGCUCACGGUCACACAGACCACACCGAAGACAGACACCAUCGCGAAGAGUGUUUAAACGUCACACAGCUGCUAAGGCAUUAUGGCCUUUGUCCCAGUUCUCCCAUUUCCCCCAGUUUGUUUACAUACCUGUGUCCUGCAUUGCUGUAUCAGAUUGACAAGAGGGUUUGUACUGAACAUUAUGAAGAGCUGUUGAUUGAAGACUUGGCCAAAGGAAAAAAUGCAUCGCUUGUGGAUAUGGAUAAAACGGGUGCAUCGGCCUGGAUUUGUGGCAUCAUUUCUAUCACAGUCAUUAGUCUACUGUCCUUGCUAGGCGUGAUCUUGAUUCCUAUCAUUAACCAAGGCUGCUUCAAAUUUCUCCUCACCUUCCUGGUUGCUCUUGCCGUCGGAACCAUGAGUGGAGACGCUCUGCUUCACCUGUUGCCGCAUUCGCAAGGGGUGCACAACCACACCCACCAUGUGGGGCAAGGUCACUCGCAUGAGCACCACCACCUCCACGGCCACGGCCACGGCCACGGCGGCAUGGCCCAAGGCUUCCUCGAAGAGUACGACAUGGUGCUUAAAGGACUGGUGGCCCUUGGGGGGAUUUACCUUCUCUUCAUUAUUGAGCACUGCAUCCGAAUGUUCAAGCACUACAACAAGCAAAGGAAAUGGUGUAAGAAAAAACAGAAGGUGGAUGGAUCACCGAUUGGGAGGAAACUUUCCGAUCAUAAGCUGAACAGGCCCGAUGCGGACUGGCUUCAGCUCAAGCCUCUUGCAGGAGCAGACGAUUCUGUUUUGUCUGAUGACCGGCUUAAUGAAACGGAGCUGACGGACCUCGAUGGCCAGCUGGACUCCCUGCCAAAGGCCUUCCUGUCCGUGGAAGAGGAGAACAGCAUGCUGCACACCCAUAACGACGUCUCCCAUGUUGUUCGGGACAACAACGUCCCCGACGUGGACUACGAAAGCAACCAUCGGAAGGAGAAGAUCAUCAUGAGGAAGCACAACCAUCUUUGGCCGCACAAGCACUCCCAUCAUUCCCAUGGACACUGCCACUCAGGCAAAGACCUGAAAGGCACCGGGAUAGCCAAUAUCGCCUGGAUGGUGAUCAUGGGAGACGGCAUCCACAAUUUUAGCGACGGCUUGGCCAUUGGAGCAGCUUUCAGUGCUGGCUUGACAGGAGGAAUCAGCACAUCCAUAGCAGUAUUUUGCCACGAGCUUCCCCAUGAAUUGGGUGACUUCGCCGUGCUCCUGAAAGCAGGCAUGACGGUGAAGCAGGCCAUUGUUUACAACCUCCUCUCGGCGAUGAUGGCCUACGUGGGCAUGCUCAUCGGAACGGCCGUGGGACAGUACGCCAAUAACAUCACGCUCUGGAUCUUUGCCAUCACAGCCGGCAUGUUCCUCUACGUCGCCCUGGUAGACAUGCUUCCGGAGAUGCUUCACGGCGAUGGCGAUAACGAAGAGCACGGCUACUGUCCAGUGGGGCAGUUCGUCCUCCAGAAUUUAGGGCUGCUCCUGGGAUUUGCCAUCAUGUUGGUGAUUGCCCUUUAUGAAGACAAAAUAGUGUUGGACAUCCAGUUUUGACCAUUUCCAUUUCUUUUCAAACUGUGGUUACAACCAUGUUACUGUAUGGCUUUCAGUCGGCACUGCUGUACUGUACUGUAUGCACAUUUGUCCCAGGCAAAGCAGUGGCACAUGCUGCUCUUGGAAGUUAACCGUACUCCAGGGCUGCACAAACACAGUCCUGCUUCCUAGCCGAGGCAGACAAGUCGAAGGCCUGUUUGAAAGCAGUUCGGCACCCCAAAGGUAAGAGCUAGAUUCUUAAAAAAACAAAGCAAGAUGAAAUAAAUCAGUCCUGGAUCGGAAGCAGGAAAAGCAGCGGCAGUCCUGAGGAUGCUGUAAUGUGCCAUUUUCCAGUUUGCUGUUGCAGUGUGCAGCAGACGUUGGAUCUCUUGCUGGUAAAGCCUUUUGUGUUACACUUGAGCAAGUGAUGAAACGCACCCCUCUGCAGAGAGCCAGAGCGCACGUUUCCAAGGCAUCCUCUGCGGACAGUCUGAAACUUGCCACGGCCUCUGAAGCGGUUCCCUUCCCCUCAUGCCACUCACCACUCCCUUGCCCCCUACCUGUUCGACAAAAAUAAACCUAGCAAUGCACGACAGGAAAGCAUUCUGAGUUGGGUUGCUUCCCUUUAAAAAAAAAAACACACAUAUAUAAAAAACAAUUCUCAAAGCAUGGUAUAUUCAUCAAUUGCCUUUGGGCCGUGUGAGCGGUGCAUUCACCUGCAUCAGCUCUGGUAAUCUUCCGGCUGUUUUGCACUGUGCCGAAUGGAUGGUGACCAAAGCAAAACCACGUCGUCGUCUUCUGGUUCCAAGGCCUGUCUGCAGUCCCGCAUCCUUUUGCUCAGUCCUUUGCCAAUCAGCUUGCCAGUACAGGGUCUCCGGCAGGCACUCUGGCCUGCAGCCGCUGCUUUGCACUCCCCCUUGUCCAGCAGCUCUGCCCUUUGCAGCUCCCCUGGGAGGGAACACUGCAGAUCUAGGAGCCUCUUCUUCCCCUGUAUGUGGGUCAAGUUCUGUAUUCUUACCCUUCUUGAAGUCCAAGAAGGCAAGCUGCAGGUUUCCUCAUUGAACCUUAGAGGCUUGUGCCCCAUGGGGGAAGCAACAAGUAUUAUGUUCUCAAUAUUAGCUUGUAGACUUUUAUGGGCGAACCGUCAUAGUUAAUACUGCUUGUGGACACUUGCUGGUUCUUUUGCUGCAGUAGCGUUUUAUGUAGCGGUGCUACUUAAAUCCUGAACUACUGAGCAGUUUGGGCUUUGGGUUUCUUUCUUUGCUCCUCUAGUGAAGCCUGCACUGUGGAUUCCCUUCAGUUGUGACAGCCAAACUCCUUUUCUCACAUGAAAACCUUAAAAUUCCAGGCUGAGAAUGGCUAAUCGCUGGAUCACAGCAGAGGCCCUCGAAGGCAGUCCUGGAGACCGUUUACGUCAUUCCCAUGAGCACUUUGAAUGUAUUACUUCGAAUGCCUUGCCACCUGCGCUUGAAGCCAGUGAGUUUUGUCAUAAAGGGCAUUUGAUGUGCAGGCAUUGUUUAAUGUUGUAUUUUAUCACCUAGGGCUCCUGUUGUUUUGCAACGCAGCAGUCAUGUUGGGGGGCCUUGCCAGCUUUAUCUCAUUGGUGUGGUCAAGGUCUCCCACCUGGCCACUGGGUUCCGAUGUUACUGGAGCAGUAUGGGAAGGGGAGACACACUAACGAGGUAAUGCCAGGGCAGACCUUUGGACUGUAGUAAAGUAGUUGUGAACCUGUGGUGCAGGUGGACAGGGAGGAGCGGCUGAGCCAAAAGCCUUAACCUGCAGAAAUCAGCUUUAAUAUUUGUGUAGUGCCAAGCAGCUUGUAUUGCCAGGUGCAGAUUGGUCGUCUUUGUGCUCUGAUCUUAGGGGUUGAUGAAAAGCUCCAAGCUCUGUUCAUCUUCCAGUCCAGUGUAAGAGUUCUAAGCCUGGCAGUUGGUUUCUUCCAGCAUGCUAGUCUGCCUUUGUUCAGCUCUGACUAUACAAGCUAAAGUGGUAAAGCACCGCUUAAGUUUUAUCUGGCUGUUGUAGUUUUAGCCUACUAGUUAGCUCCUAAAAAUGAACUCGGUUAGAAAACUGAACAAGGCUUUCAUUCCAAGUUCAUGCAGACUUUUCUUUCUGACUCUUCCAUAUCUUUUCGCUAGACAUUCCUCUUCUAUGUGACCAUCAUUGUCUACUUUAAAGUUAUGUUGUGUGUCUUUUGUUGGUGGGGGGGAAUCUGUAUAAUAUUCUGAAUCCACCAAAUGUCGACUGGUUGGUGUUUGCAAGCAGAUUUGGAUCCUGCAUCCUUUUAAGCAAAGAUAACUUAUUUGAAUUUGAAUCAUUGGGACUCUCACAGCUGUAAGGACCAUGGAUUGGACCCUCCCUACUUGGCCUUGCCCUCCUCCCUGGAGAGGGUGGAAUUUUUUUUUAGUUGAACAUUUCCGGCUAUAAGCUGGAUGAAGUGAUGCUGAGCUCCCACUGAAAGGAAUGAAUGGAACGUUCACCUGCUCUGGCUUGAGGAGUCUGACUCCAUUUUAAUAACACCUGUGAAGAGUCAUGGCAUUGCUGAAUGCUAGACAGGAAAGGGGAGUGGGGGGGGGGAACACCUGGUUUUUAAGGUUUGCUUUUGUAAUUAUGAAUAGAAGUUCUCUACUUCAGGUAGUAUCCUUUUUUGUUUUGUUUUGUUUUGUUUUGUUUUGCUGGCAUGUGCUAUAGUAAUGUUGCCUUUCUUAGGGAAACAAAGGAAAAAUUAGCGUCCAGUAAUAGAAUAUGGAAAAGAAAAAAUGGUUAAAUACAGAGGCCAUGUUGAGAACUGCUCGGGUUUGUAUUUUUCUUCAGGAUGGGAUGCUCCCUCAUUUGCUUGGUGUGCUUGUUACACUUGGUGAAGAAGCUUCUCCGGUUUCCUUAAGUAUUUGAAUCCCAGGCUGUGCUGAAAUGCAAGGGUGUGCAAGUCACAUUUGGGACAGUGGGGAUUCCACUUGCGUUUCUACCUGGCUUCUCAUUCCAUUCUGUGGGAGUCCGGUCUCAUUGCAACAUGCAUCUGUGGGAGGGCAUAAAUGUUUCUUGUAUCUUCAGAUGCUGUCACUGUGUGACAUCCCAUGGCAAUCACACUGCACCCACUCAGCUGUGAUUAUUAUUGCUUAGAAAAUGCUGUAGUAUCCUAGGAUGCAGUGUGACUUCUUUCCUUAGGGUUUGAAACAAUGUGAUUAUGAUCCUAAAGGAUAUUUGAGAUAUCAGCUUCUUGUUUGGGGGGUGGGAUGGAGUGGGUUGGGUUGUUUUGUUAUAACAAAAUCCAUUUUUAAAAAAAAAAAAGCUGGAAGUGAUUAAAUGCUGUUUUUGUUCAUUGUCGACAGUGUUGUGUUUAUCUUAUGAAUGUUCCUUGUUCAUAAGGAACAUAAGAAAAUAAAAUUAUUGAACAAACACA